UGCCACACCCACAUCCAAAGCUCAAAACUUGAACCCUUCCUUCGAUUCUGCUCUCCAAUGGGUAACCGAAUCGGUAACCUCUUUCGCUGUUCCACCGGCGACUCCUCCGGGAGGUUCGAGGACAGAGUUUCCUUCCUCUCCAAGCAACGCCACAGAGACCUCGGAAACUCCAUCUGCUACGUGAGACCCGACACGUGUCGGUUCUCCGGCGACGGAGACGUCACCGUCAUGACUUUCCGGUCGGUCUUCGGCGCCACCGUGAGCGCAAACUCGUCGGCGACGGCUUCGACGUCGCUCGACGACUCGCUCCAACACGGCACCGUUUUGGAUUCCUCUGCUUCGUUUCAGAGCUCUGCCUCCUUCACUUCCACCGUGGUGCCUUUUGAUCGUGGAUUCUCUGUGGGAGGGUCCACGGAAAGAGGGUUGUAUUGGGGUCCUUACGAUCGUGAUGGCUCCAUUGAGAGAGUUUCUCCUGAGGAACCUGUGAAGAAGGUGAAGAGAAGUAGCAGAAUUUUGAAAAAGUUUUUCAGCAAGUUUUCUUCCAUUGGGAGAAUGUCGAUUUUCAAGAAAAAUGACAACGCUAAUGCUAGAGUUAGUUGUAGUACUAAUUUGAGUGCUGAGUUGAGUUUGAAUGGUGUUGAGGGUGAUAACUAUUUGGAUGAUGAUGAUGAUGAUGAUGAUGUGUUGAUGGGGUGUGAGAAUCUUCAUUGGGCUCAAGGGAGAGGUGGUGAGGAUCGUGUGCAUAUUGUGAUUUGUGAGGAUCAUGGAUGGGUUUUUGUGGGGAUUUAUGAUGGGUUUAAUGGCCCUGAUGCCACUGAUUUCCUUCUCAACAAUUUGUUUUAUGCUGUGAAUGACGAGCUCAAGGAGAUGCUGUGUGGUCACAACAAGAAGUUUGAAUCCAUGGCUAUGGAUUCAGGCUCUUUGGAGUUUAAGGGAAAUGGGUUGGUUCAUGGUUGUUGUUCUUCAGGUGAAAACAAAGAAAACUGUCCAAUAGUAAAUGAAGAGUUGAAUUUGGAAUGUGGAAAAGUGGAGUUGAGUGACUCAAAUCAUGUGUUGCAAGCUCUUUCAGAGGCGUUGAGGAAGACUGAGGAUGCAUUCAUGAGGAUUUCUGAUGAGAUGAUUGGUCACAACCCUGUGUUGGCAAUGAUGGGUUCUUGUGUUUUGGUGAUGGUGAUGAAGGGUCAAGAUGUUUACUUGAUGAAUGUGGGAGAUAGUCGUGCUGUGUUGGCCACUCACUCUGGGGAUUCUCUUCAGCUCACCAUGGAGCAUAGCACUCAUGCGAAAGAGGAGGUUUACAGAAUCAGGAGGGAGCACCCUGAUGACCCUUUAGCAGUAACCAAAGGCCGGGUGAAGGGUUGCUUGAGUGUCACAAGGGCUUUUGGGGCUGGGUUCCUUAAGCAGCCUAAGCAAAACAAUGCAGUGUUAGAGACUUUCAGAGUGAGCUACAUAGGGGAAUCCCCAUACAUCACAUGUUCCCCUUCACUCCACCACCACAAACUCAGUCCAAAUGACAAGUUCCUGAUAUUAUCUUCUGAUGGACUCUACCAAUACUUCACCAACGAAGAAGCAGCUGCCAAAGUAGAGUCAUUCAUCACCAUGUUUCCAGAUAGAGAUCCUGCACAACUUCUCAUUGAAGAAGCACUUACUCGAGCAGCAAAAAAGGCUGGUAUAGAGUUCCAUGAGUUGCUUGAUAUUCCACAAGGGGAACGCCGUCAUUACCAUGAUGACAUUUCUAUUGUCAUAAUCUCCUUGGAGGGAAAAAUAUGGCAAUCAUUGGUGUAAAUAUAUGCAUAUGAAUAUAUAAACUGAGAAUACACAGCACAGUCAUUGACACUGGCUGAAAGUUAGGGAAAUUCCUUUUAGUUCUUUUUCUGUUACCCCUCUUUCAACAUUUUUUUUUUCCAAUACCAAAGAUUCAAAAUUAGGGGAAAUCAAAGCUACCAGUUCAAAUUCCCUUCUAGAAAGGACCAGUUCUAUGUUGAUUACCCAUCAAUUUUUUUUUUGUUUUCUUUCAGUGGUAUAUCUAUAUUGCCAGGGAAAUAUUCCCU